AUGGUCAGUCUUCAAUUCAUCUACCAAGCCUGUUCACCUACCUGCCACACCUGUCACGAAAUCCAAAUGAUUUCUUGUUUCAACCUCUUUUUCUUUCGGACUUCUCUUUUUGCCCCCUCUUUCUCUUGGACUUCUCUUUUUUUGCCCCUCUUUCCUUCAGACAUCUCUUUCCGCCCACCCUUCCUCUCAGGCUUCUCUUUCCGCCCACCCUUCCUCUCAGGCUUCUUUUUCCGCACACCCUUCCUCUCAGGCUUCUCUUUCCUUCCCACCCUUCCUCUCAGGCUUCUCUUUCCGGAUCACCCUUCCUCUCAGGCUUCUCUUUUCGCCCAACCCUUCCUCUCAGGCUUCUCUUUCCAAAAUAAAGACCUUCCUCUCAGGCUUCUGAGAAAGCCCAAUGUUCCUCUCAGGCUUCUCUUUCCGCCCACCCUUCCUCUCAGGCUUCUCUUUCCGCCCACCCUUCCUCUCAGGCUUCUCUUUCCGCCCACCCUUCCUCUCAGGCUUCUCUUUCCGCCCACCCUUCCUCUCAGGCUUCUUUCCAACCCUUCCUCUCAGGCUUCUCUUUCCGCCCACCCUUCCUCUCAGGCUUUUUCUAUGGUGUUCGGCAUUCCAACAAUUAAGCGAGAAAAAGUCAGUUAUCUCCUUCGAACGCUGCAUUCCUUAAUUGACGGACUGAAUGAAGAAGAACGUGAAGACUGCUUAUUAAUUGUUUUUGUGGCUGAGGUAAUUGUGGGUGAGCAAAUAUAUAAAGAAUUUAAAAGCAGUGUUGAUAGUGGACUUGUUGAAGUCAUUUCUGCUCCAGCAGAAUUUUACCCAAACCUUAAUCACCUGAAGGAAACAUUAGGAGACUCUCAGCAGAGGGUUCGAUGGCGAACUAAACAGAAUUUGGACUUCUCAUUUUUGAUGCUCUAUGCAAAGAGUAAAGGUGUCUAUUAUGUUCAGCUUGAAGAUGAUGUGAUAUCCAAACCAGGCUAUCUAUCAAUAAUGAAAACCUUCACGCAACAACAAAAAUACACAGAAUGGCUUGUGCUUGAGUUUUCUACUCUAGUUUUGCUGGUUUCAACAUUAAUCCAUUUAAACAAACUUACUUCCUUGAGCAGCUCCAUCUUGUUUUGCCAUUUCUUUCUUUCUCUCUCUCUCUCUCUCUCUGUGUCUUGCUCACCUUACAUUGCCAUGUUUUCUCCCUCUAUCAACUACCUUUUAUGCCUUCUCCCUCUGGUAACCUCCUCUUGUCUUACCACACCUGAGCUCCCUUUCUUUCUUUCUUUCUUUCUUUCUCAUAUCCCCUCUUGUCUUACCAUGCCAUUUCUCUCUUUCCUUGCCAUGCCUUCUUCCUCCAGCAACCCCCUUGUAUCUUACCUCACUCUCUCUCUCUCUCUCUCACAAACCCCACCUCUUGGUUUACUCCUCUCUCUCUCUCUCUCUCUCUCUCUCUCACAUCUCAUCUUGCCAUACUAUCUCUCUUUUUCUCACCUUGCCAUGCCUUCUCUCUUUAGCAAACCCCACCUCAUGUUUUGUCUCUUUCAUCCUCCCUUUUGUCUUACCUUACCAUCUCUCUCUUGUCAUGGCAUGUCUUCUUCCUUUGACAAUCCCCUAUUCUCUUACCAUGACUUAUCUCUCUCUCUAACUCUCUGUCUCUUUCUAACAUCUACUGUUUUUUCCCACAUCCUCUUUCUCUCUCUUACACAUCACAUUUUAUCUUGUCAUAUUAUCUUUCUCUCACAUGCCAUGCCUUCUCCCUUUGGCAACCACCUCCUCUCUUAUUUUGCCAUACCUUCUCUUUCUCUAAUGUCCACCCUUGUUUUCCCACAGCCUCUCUCUCUCUCUCUCUCUUUUCCACAUCACAUUUUAUCUUGCCAUAUUAUCUUUCUCUUGCAUGCCAUGACUUCUCCCUUUGGCAACCACCUCCUCUCUUAUUUUGGCAUACCUUCUCUUUCUCUCUCUCUCUCUCUCAUCCCAGCUAGAGCUUGCCAUUCCAUCUUCUUAUAUUCCUCUUGCCUCUCUUCACUCUGGCUCAAUGUUGUCCCAUCUUUGUUUAAUUUCAUCCAUAUCUUCUUGAUUUUUACUUUUUCCUUUCUGAGAAAAUUAUUCAAAUCAAAUGAACUGCCAAUUCUGGUUGAAUUUUUUCUGAUGUUUCACACAGACAAACCAAUUGAUUGGCUGUUAGAUCACUACCUGUCAGUCAAAGUCUGCAAUCCUGAAAAAGAUAAUAAACAUUGUUUUCGAAUGAAAGAUGAAGUACGGAGACGAUACAAGCCUUCUCUUUUUCAACAUAUCGGCAUGCAGUCAUCACUAAAGGGAAAGGUCCAAAAACUGAAGGAUAAAUAUUUUGGUAAGCAAGGAUUGUACCGUGCUCACGUCAAUCCCAAAGCUCAUGUUAGCACAACGCUGAAGACUUACCAACAGUAUACUCUGCUGAAAGCCUACCUGGGCGAGACAUUCUUUUGGGGGAUCAGCCCUCGGCCAAAUGACAUCAUUAAAUUUGAAUUCACACCGCCAGUUGUACUGGAAAAAUUUUUAUUCCGCAGUGGUAACUUGGAACAUCCUGGGGACAAACUAACUGACACAACAGUUGAGAUCUUCCCUUCAUCCCAUAAGCAUCUAGUUAAUCUGAAGAAUAAUGAGCCUUACCAAACUGUUGGCCUUGGCUACUAUGUGGUCAGCAGAUUUAAUUCAGAGGGUGUUGCAGAAGGUCAAAUAAAAGAAGUAAUGGGACCUAUCAAGGUUCUUCGACUCCACUGCCAAGCCAAAAGUGAUAGCUGGGCUAUAUUAAGUGAAAUUUAUAUCAAAGCAAAAACUGAAUAUUUUUUCUUCUCUUUUUUUCCUCUUUUUUUCUUUUUUCUCUUUUUUUCUCUCUUUUUAUUUUCUUUCUUUUCUUUUUUUUCUCUCUUGUUUUUUUCUCUCUCUUUUUUCUCUCUCUCUCUUUUUUCUCUCUCUCUCUUUUUCUCUCUCUCUUUUUUCUCUUUCUCUUUUUUCUCUCUCUCUUUUUUCUCUCUCUUUUCUCUCUCUCUCUUUUUCUCUCUCUCUUUUUUCUCUCUUUUUUCUCUCUCUCUUUUUUCUCUCUCUCUCUUUUUUCUCUCUCUCUUUUUUCUCUCUCUCUCUUUUUUCUCUCUCUCUUUUUUCUCUAUUUAA